AUGAAGAAGGAAGAGGGAGAAGAAGAAGAAGAAGAUGAAGAAGAAGAAGAAGAUGAAGAAGAAGAAGAUGAAGAAGAAGAUGAAGAUAAAGUUGUGGUGCGCAAGCGGUUCAAAGCGCGCCAUGAUCACGAACUCAGCGUACGCAAACACGAUCGAGUCCUCUUCCUCGACCACAUGAACGAAGCCUGGUCACGUGUCAAAAAUGAGCAAGGAGUCAGCGGCGCUGUUCCCACAAAGAUUCUCGUCUUCCCAGGCGGAACAGUUGACCCCUCAACGGCCGCAUUUGCCAACAGAACCCGAUCCCAACACCGCCGAGCUAACCGACCUGGACCCAGCGCACGGGAUGCCACUUACGAUGAUGACUACGAUGAUGACGACGACUUUGCUCCUCCGCCCUUACCAGCUGGCCCGGCCCCAGAUUUGCCCAGAGGCUACGGCUUUGAGGAGGAGGAUGUCGACGACCAGCGAGAUGCCUCUUUCGCCGCCCGUCGCCACCGCCAUCGCCCUGAUCGCCGAGACAAAUUCAACUCGUACAACUCCCAGGCGGGUGCGGACGACGACGAUGAGGACGAUGACCCGCUGCAGGUUCGACGACCUGGAUCGUAUCAGAAACAGACAGCCGACUUUCGGCGCCCGAAUGGCCCUCGUGGCGAGGAUUCAGAUGAGGACGACGAUGACGCCGACCUCGUCUCGGAACCCGUCAACAUGCGCCAAGCCCCGGGUGCCCGCCAUCCCGGUCGUGGUCCUCCCAAGGGCCGCGGCCGUGGACGUGACAACCCCGCACGCUUGCCCACCAACCGUCCUCCCAGCCGUGAAAUGCGCCCGCCAAGCCGAGGCCCGCCGUCUCGGGAUCAUUAUCGCCCCGAUGGCCCUCUGUAUGAUCGUGAUGGCCUUCCCAUCUCACCUCAGAGCGGCUAUUAUGAUGACCCUGGUCGCGAUGAAUAUGAUCCACGAGGCAAUUAUGGGGGAUACCGUGACCGCCGUGAUCGUCGCUCCGACCCCAACUAUGGCCCACAGCGUGCUAGCUACGGCGGGGGCGGCGCCAUGAUGGCUCCCACCAUGGGGGACAUUGGACGUCCCACAAGCUUCAUGAUGCCCAUGUCCUUCCCCAUGCCCAUCAUGCAGCCCUACAUGCCCAUGGCUGCCCCCAUGCCUUAUGGUGCCCCGCCCAUGCAGUAUCCACCCAUGAUGCAGCAGCCCCUCUUACCGAGCAUGAAUACAGGCAUCAGCCUCAAAGACCGGUUUAAUCAAUCCCGCGUUGACGCCCUUCGCAGCGGUCUACACCGCCCCCUCCGCCCCGAUUAUGACGAACCAGAUCCCGCCUCCAACAAGCCGACCCGCGCUGGCCCCCCCAAAACCACAGCCUCCGCUCCUGCAUCUACGCCUGCACCGCCCUCGAGCGCUGUCUUGCCCCCGCCCCCGCCCCCGCCCCCUUCUGCCAACGCCGGCGCCAGCGCUGCUCCUGCCGCUCCGCCCCCACCACCUCCGCCUCCGCCACCGCCACCGCCACCACCGGAGCCGGUCGAGGUUGUGGGUGUGGGCAAGGCCAAGCCUCAACAAAAACUCAAACCUUCUUUGAACCAAGGAGCGGCUUUUCAACCCGUUGGCGAGCUCGUGGCCAAAAUUGCGCAACGCAAAAAUGGCAACAUCAUGGAUCGGCUCAAAAACCUCCCAUAA